UCUUAUUUUUUGUUUACGCUUCCUCCGUGUUGUUCUGGAGGCGGAGAAGGGUUAGACCUUCCUUAUUUGUCAAUAAUACCCCAGGUUUUCUUAGCACACUCUUAUAAAAGUUACUUGUAGUACUUCGAAACGCGUGAAAUGAUAAUAGUAUAACGAUAAAACUUCCACUCGAAAUCUGUUUCAACCACCCAGCUCCAGCCUUUUCCAAGUUGUUUUUUGGCUCUCUCCCUUCGCCCUUCCACUUGAGCUAUUACUGCUGGUAUCGUCUCUACUCUAAACAGUCCAGUCUAUCUGCUAGUAUUGUAGUAAAGUGUCGUGGAUGUUCUCCAGUUUGUAGUGACUGUAGGCCUGCCAACCUUUGCCACACUCCUUCGCCGCAAAGCCACACAACCCUCCACCACGUGGACUAUGCCUGUUAUGGCGGGGAGGCGCAGGUGGCGACUGGCGAUAGCUGACACUAUAUUCGGUGCGUGUAUGGUAUUGCAACUGCUGCUGGCAUGUUCAAGUCAAGCUCAAGGCCAGACAAGUUCAUUAUGUAACUCGGAAUGUCCACCGCUCAGGGUGCCUGUUAAUGCUGUUUUGCAUCAAAACGGCACCAAUGUUGGCAAUACCACCGUCAUCAAGUGUGAUUCCAAAAGUCGUCAAGUCGGUGGUGACACUUCACGUACAUGCCUACCCAACGGUCGCUGGACAGGCUAUGACAUCACUUGCUACACUUAUGUCUCUCUACUGAGUUGUUCAUUCAAGUACAGCUUUUUGUAUUGUGGAAUGAGAUUGCCACCCAAUGCGUCGAUAACUGAAGAAAAGGGCUAUCGUGUUCUCAAGGUGGAUCCAGCCAGUAAAACCAAUCAUAUUUUCAGCACCUAUUCACUGCUGGCGAAAAACAAAUGCAAAGUCUACAUCAAAGUCAUAGGUUCCACCCGCCUGGUUAUCAAGGUUGGGAACACACCGCUACGAUUCUUCUUAUCGAGCUAUGGCAACAUUUUAACUUUCGGCGCUGAUCUGGCAUCCUACUCAGGGCCUGUUUCUAUCAUGUUCACGUCGAACGCUAUAUGCAAUGUAUUCAAAAUAGACUUCUUUGGCGAAUGCCCUGUACAGGCGACGAACGAUUCAGCGUGUAAACAUGGGUCAACAUAUAUCGCUUCAGCCCAGCGGUGCAUACCUGACUGCCCAGGACCAGUCUGCCCCACAGAUCUUGUCCACUGCAAUAUUUCAGUCGGGCCAUGCCAGGGCUGGACCAACCAAAUCCAAGGCAAUACUGCUACUUUCCAUUAUCUUGGACCAAUAAUGAAGCCGCUGGUCAAUCAGGUGCAAGGUGGCAUUGAACCAGUAAUUGUCUUCAGAACUACAGGGACACCUGGCAGCAAGAUAACUGUGGAAGUUACAUCGGCGUUGACCAGACUAACACUUAGGAGGAAAACACUAACUGCAGAUUCAACUGGUGUCUACACUGUGUCCUCUCUGGUGUCGCUUAACGACACUACACUCCAGACAUCUGCAUCCUAUCUAAGCAUCCAAGGUUCGGGUAAACUAACAUACCUGACCACUCGCCUGCCACAGCUCUAUGGUUAG